CUGGUUGAAUAGAAAAAGCAUUUGAGAGUUACGGCCGCUGGUUUGAAAAGAUAAUAACAUUUGAAGUGUCCGGGUGUUUGACAGAAAAUGCCCUCGUUUGUUGGUAAAAAUGGCCAACCAUCUGCGUCAAAAGACACGCCGACCAAAACCGCCUUCGUUAAUUCUGUUGAGAGUUAAAGCCAGAAAGAGAAAAUCAUUCGCUUCUGAUACUCUCUCAAUAAACAGUUGAUAACCCGAGUAAAAAAUAAACAAACAAUCGAAUCCGAAAUGAGACUGUUGAUCACUUUCUCGAUUCUCGUCGUCAUUCUGGCUGUUGCCGAAUGUAGAUCGCGUCUACCGAGCACACGACAGGUGAAACCACUCGGCCGACGAUUCUCUCCCGACAUCAGAGCGACGUCCUUGAAAAGGGGAGAUGCGGCUGAUCCACCCCCCGCAACCCCCUCAACUGCUGAGUUGGUCGCUUUCCUCAACCAAAUGGGAGAUCUCUAUAUAGUCAGAUGGGCUUGUGGUCUGUUUGACGGUGUUUCUUCGACAAAAAAGACUGAGAAUGAUGUCCCUGCUGGCAUGAAUGAGAAGCGAGGAGCCACCGAUGCGCCCAAGUACGACUUGGCUACAGUAUCUCAAUAUGCAACGGACGAACUCAAUACAAUCAUCUAUGGCGGCUACUGCGAUUGGGCAAAGUUCUGCCAGAGACUGCCAGAUGAAUGCUAAGGUGUUCCACGAAGUCUGCUCUUUCCAGCUAAACAAAAAGUUUAGAACUUCGAAUGAACUUCGAAAAAAAAACUUGAAAAAAAGAGUUAUUUAGAGUUUUUGUGACUUGCUGUGAACGUGAAAAUUGAGUGUUGUCAGUCCCGUUAUGUAAAAAUACAUAAUACUGCGUCAAGAAAAGUAAAUAAC